AUGUCGGGAUCGUUUUGGAAGUUUAGCAAUGGGUUCACAUCCCUAUCUAAUAUCACAACUUUACUCGAAAACUACAAUCUGAACCAAGAGCAGAAUGACUCGCUGUCUGUGGAUACAAACAAACUAAAAGACGAGCAGCGUGAUGUACUUAUCAAGUUGUUGGAUGAAAAUGACUUGCUACAGGAGCUCUUAUCUAAUAAUCCAAUGUUGUUGGAGUUUUUAAGAGACGAACAUGUGUUGAGUAUGUUGGUGGAUAUUGUUAUAUCAAAUGAUGCGGCAACGGAUACUCAAGAUGAAAAGAAUAAGAAGGGAGAAGAAAACUUUAGUUCAGAGGAAAAAGCUGUGAAUGCAACCACAUCAAUAGAUGAUCAAGACUCAUCCUCAUCCGACUCAAAAACCGAGAAAAAGACUCGAAAUAACGAGUCUAGUGAUGAGCAAAGAAAACAAGGCAAAUUCUCCAAAAAAGGCGACGGGGGUGACCUGGACGACCAGGAUGAGGAAGAAGGAGAAGAAGAAAAAGAAAAUGACGACGACGAAGAAGAAGAAGAAGACGAUGAUGUUGAUGAUGAUGACGACGACGACGAUGAUGAUGAACUGCCAGAAGAAGUAUUCAGACGAAGGGCCACGUUAGCUUCAGAGGUGCUCAGUGCCGAUGUUUGGUCUUUGACUGAUACGGUUAUGGAGUCUACUGAAAACCUUAAUAAGUUGUGGGGCGUCUUGGGUUCAAAGAAUCCACUUGAUAUUCACGUAUCAACGCAUUUUAUGAAAAUUAUGGAGCAUUUGCUCGAUAUGAAGUGUGACGAAAUGAUCACCUACCUCAUAGAUAAUCAACCCAACUUGGUAGAAAAGUUUAUCAACCACUUGUCUAACCCACCAUUGAUGGAUUUCUUGCUAAAAUUGAUCUCAACUGACAAACCUGACAAUUCGACUGGGAUAAUUGAGUUUUUGCAAAAUCAAGAUCUAAUUUCACAUUUAAUCAGUGCUUUGGAUGUGUCUGAUGUUCCAGAAACUGAAAAAGAGAAAAGUGGAGGUGAUGGUAAAAACCAUGAGUUACUCUUGAUUGAGCAAAGCUCGGCGGCUGAUUUCCUCAAAGCUUUGAUAACCAUAUCGGCAAACUCGACUGCUGACAAUUCCACAAUUGGGCCCAACGAACUCACCAGAGAGCUUGUUUCGAAAGAAAAAAUGACUAGAUUGUGUGAUAUCAUGCUCAAGGGAGGGUACGCUUUGGCAAAUGGUGUUGGAAUCAUUAUUGAAAUCAUCAGAAAGAACAACUCUGAUUACGACAUUUUACCUGUACUAUACAUAACUUUGGAAAGUCAUCCUCCAACUGGAAGAGAUCCAAUCUAUCUAGGUCACUUGUUGAGAGUCUUUGGAGAACGAAUUCUGGACUUUAACAAGUUGUUAAUCAAGGAACACACCGAUUCAAAGUUGAAAACGCCGUUUGGUGUGAUUCAACCCUUGGGAUUUGAAAGGUUUAAAAUUUGCGAAUUGGUGGCUGAGUUGUUGCAUUGUUCCAAUAUGGCAUUGUUGAAUGACAAUAAAGGUUUUGAUGUUGUCAAAGAACGUGAUGAGUUGAGGGAGAAGAUGAAGGAGUACGAUCCAAUCAGCUUCAAGUAUAAUGAGGCAAUUACGUUACCACGAGAAGACAAACCGGAAGAAAAUGAACCCGAAGAAGAGGACAAGCAGCAGAAGAAGAAGAAGAAAAGUGAAACUGACGAAACUGGAGACACUAUUAAAGACGAUACGAUUGAUGAAUUCAAUAAACAGGAUGAAACGAUAGAUGAAGAUGAACCUCAUGCAAACUCGAAUUUGACCGAAGAACAGAUCAGAGCAAAUCCAGUAGUAGGAGACUUUUUGAAAAUCGCGUUAUUUGACACACAAAUUAUUUCCAAUAUUUUGUCAAUGUUUUUCCGUUUCCCUUGGAACAAUUUCUUACAUAAUGUGGUAUUUGAUGUUGUUCAGCAAGUUUUGAAUGGAUCAAUGGAUAUUGGGUUCAAUAAAUUUUUGGCAAUCGACUUGUUUCACCUGGCUGACAUUACCAACAAGAUUAUUGAAGGACAGAGACUAUGUAAUGAUUACGAAACUAGUCAUAAUGGGUUACGAUUGGGAUUUAUGGGUCAUUUGACCUUGAUUGCCGAAGAAGUUGUCAAGUUUGUGCAGUUGUUUCCAUCAAACACGUUGAGUGAAUAUAUUAAUGAGAAAAUUGAGAGUGAUGUAUGGGACGAUUAUGUUAGCAAUGUAUUGUAUGACACUCGGGAAAAGUAUAAUGCCAUUUUGGGAGGAAAUGAAGAUGAAGAUGAUAGGGAUGACGAAGAGGACAACACGACAUUUGAAGAAGGGUUGGGUGAGAUUAUCGAAGAAGUCAAAACGGGCUUGGUUUUCCAGGAUGAUGAGGAAAGGGAAGUGGAAGAAGCUCACGACGAAAACGCCGGUGAUGAUCGUCAUGAAAAUGAGAAGGAGAAAAGUGGCAAAAGUGGAGGAACCAAAAGCAAGAAGGAUUUGUUGGACAGUGACGAAUCUGAAUCUGAUGAAGAUGAUCAUUUCUCGAAUUACAUGUCACAACAACUUGCCAAUACCUCAAAUAAUGCAAACCAGGAGCAUGAGGAGAGUUCGAGUGAGGAAGAAGAGGAUGACGACAAACACGUUACACAUGAAGAUGACGGUGAUGACUAUAUAGAUCCUAAUGACGAUGGAAUGUCGUACAAAAAAUCCAAUCCAUUGUAUGACAGCUCGGGGGAGUUGAAGAAUGCUGCUGCUCGUCGCAAGUUUGACGACGAUGAUGAUGAAGAUGAAGAUUUAAGCAAUUCCAGCUCCGAUGAGGAAGAGGAGGGGGAAGAUGUUGAUGCUGAAGCUUCGGAAUUGACGAGAUCUGCAAGCAAGAACUAA